CUCAUACGCAACCUCCAUAAUCACCUAUCAUUCGUUGCAUACCACCUCCGGAAUUUUAAACCCCAGGGCCUACGAGGUGCUCAUCGUGCUUACAAGCCGGAGUCCGCUAAGCCGCACCCGAACCGCAAUGGCCGCCGACGCAAGCGGCGGGUUCCUUGCGUAUCAUGAGCCGAACAUCAUCAACAUCCUGACGCUCAUGUCCUUUUUCCUCUUCCUGGUCAUUGCAGAGUGGCUUGCCGACAAGAUCUUCCGUGCCUCUCUGAUCGGGCACAUCAUCGUCGGCCUCAUCUACGGCGUGCCGCUUGCCAAUAUCCUGGCGCAAGACUGGCAGGAGACGUUUCUAGCCCUGGGAUACAUAGGUUUAAUCUUGAUCAUCUUCGAAGGCGGCCUCACCGUUCGCCUCGAUCUGCUGCGCCAGAACCUGGUCCUCAGCACCAUGGCAGCCCUCCUCGGCAUCCUCACGCCCAUUGCCCUAUCCUUUGCCCUAUUCUCCGCAGGAUUUCAUCACAGCCUCCUAGAAUCCUUCAUACUCGGCACAGCGCUAUGCUCCACCUCCCUGGGCACGACCUUCGUGCUCCUCUCCAGCGCCUCCUCCCGAACCACCACCACCACCACCACCACCACCACCACAAAUGACAACAACAACAACAACACCACAACCGUAGAAGUAGUACCAGGAACAGGAACAGGAACAGUAGUGGACUACGCCCAAACGCGCAUCGGCACCAUCCUCAUCAGCGCCGCCCUGCUCGACGACGUGUGCGGCCUCGUGCUGGUGCGCGUCAUCCACAACCUGCGCGGUAUCAUCAUAACCACCACCACCGCUUCUCCUUCAAACAGUGGCGACAACUCAUCAUCUCUGGGUUGGAUCAUCGGCCGGCCGGUGCUGGCCAGCGCGCUGAUGGCCGUGCUGACGCCCGCCGCGGCCAGGUUUGUGGCGCGCCCCGUGUGGAGGAGGGUGGUGGUGCAGUCCCGGCUGGCGGCGCGCGUUGCUACUACUAGUAGUAGGGGUGUCCUGAUGGUGGUCAUGGUGCUCGUGCUGGGCGCGUUUCUGGCCAUUGCGGCGUAUGCGGGCGCGUCGGUGCUGUUUGGGGCGUUUUUGGCCGGGGCGUUUCUGAGCGCCUUGCCGGAAGGGAAAGUGAAACAGGAGGUAGGAGGGAUGCUGGGGUUGGAUGGCGAUGGGGAUGGCGAAAAGAAUGGGGCGGCCGUACCAGAGUUCACCGAGGUGUUUGACAGGUACUUGCGGGCGCCGCAGCGGUAUGUCCUGCAGCCGCUGUUCUUUGCGAGCAUCGGCUUUGCCAUCCCUUUUCUCGAGCUGUGGACGGGCGAGGUCAUCUGGAAAGGCGUGGUCUACACGUUGCUGAUGGCGGUCGGGAAGCUGAUCGUCGGCAUUGUCGUCCCGGUCUGGGAUGUCGUCUCUUUGUCGCGGCGCAAGAUGCGCGGCUCGCAGAAGGCGCUAGAUGGCCGCAAGACGAACAUUGGCUGGGCUCCCGCCACGCUGCUGGGGGCAGCUAUGGUCGCUCGCGGAGAGAUCGGCCUGCUCAUCAUCCAGAUCGGCUUGAACGAGACGACAUUCCUGACGCGCAAGGGAUUCGUCAUUGGGGUCUGGGCCAUCGUCCUCAACACCAUCAUCGGGCCCGUGCUGGUGGGGGUCCUCCUGAAGCGGGCGGGACCCGGGAUCACCAAUGAUGCUCGCUGGGGAGUUCAGUCGCAGGGGCGGCUCUGA